GAUCUUGAAUUGGAGCAUGAAGGAGCAGCUCCAGGGUCCACCUCACAGCCAGUUAGGCGAAACAUUUCUUUAAAACUGAAAGCAAAGAGCAAGUCAGCAAGCUCAUUGUCAUCUGGGAAAAGCAAGAAAAAGGAAGGAAAAAGUGGAGAAAAGUCUAGGACAGGAUCUGAAGGUAAAGAAGCUAAUUUUCUUUCAACACUGUACAAUGUAUGUCUGGUUUUAAGCCUUGCUGUCAUGUUGUUUCCUUAGACAAGAAACGUUAGUCCACUUUGUCUCUUCACCCAGGUGUAUAAAUGGGAACCUGAGGCAUGCUGUAUGAAGGUUUUGAGAGACACACACUCUUGAGCAUCCGGUCAGUGUAAAAGGAAGACUGCGGACUGCGGACUGCGGACUGUGGACUGCAGACUGCAGACCAGGGGUAAAAUGCAGACUGAGUGUGAAAUGCAGACUACAGACUGAGAGUAAAACGCAGGCUGCAGUAAAAUGCAGACUGAGCAUAAACUGUAGUCGCAGAAGGGUUUAAGGGCAAAUAAAAUCCCGCAAAAUACAUGUAAACAAACACUUACUUGACGACAUAUAUCUGCUUUCACAAAUGCAUUCAUUCUUCUCUGUAACUUUGUUGACGACCCAAAAACAUAAUCGCAAUCUUGAACCUUUUUUUUUUCCAUCUGAGCGUGGAUAAUUAAUAGAUAGACUUUACUUUCUAUUAUCCAUUGUCCGAGAGACCUCAUGCUCCAGUUUUCAAUGCAUGUGACUGUGAAUUGGUACAACACGAUGAUGUUUACGCGUAAAUAAAAGCUGCUGACCCAAAAUACUGUACAGAAAGAAAUGGGAGUAAAUCAUUCCAACAACAAAGAAAGAUGUUCUACAGGAAAUUUGGAUGACCUUCUAUGAAAGUAUUGCAAAUCAAGGUAGGCGGACGUAAGCUGUUCGGACGUUCAUUGAAACUUCUGGCGAAUGUUGUGAAUAUGCAAUGUACUUCGACAAGGAAGCGAGGUGUGUAACUGAUACCAGCUAGCUAAUCAAAGCAGGCGUAUUUUGCUGUGCGAUCCAUUUGGACUUUUGACUGACCAAGCGUUGGGGCGAGUCAAAAAAUGAUUCAAUACAAUAAAACGCUGGCUCUGAGGCUAUAAUUAAGUGUUUAAAAAGUCUCCAGUCACUCUUAAUUCUGCAUUUUACCCCUAGCCUGCAUUUUACUCUCAGUCUGCAGUCUGCAUUUUACACUCAGUCUGCAUUUUACCCCUGGUCCGCAGUCUGCAGUCAGCAGUCUGCAUUUUACACCGACUGCUUGAGCAUCUCUGCCAAUAAGAGCCUGAGACAGUGGAUCCCCUGUGGCUUUUAUGAGCAUGACCCUGUCUACUUUCAUACGAAAAUGGAAUAUAGAAUAUAGAACAUAGAACACAUACAGUGCUUGAAAAAUCUUGAAUUCCAGCUUGACCUUGGGGCAAGCAGCUCUCAUAUUUUGCUUGCUUAGGGCCACCUCUUGGUUGCGUUAGUUAAUGAUUUUAUGUUGUUCUUGACCCUCAUUGGGCAAGUGAGUCUUAAAAGUUACUUUCCCAGCAAGAAAAUUCACUUGACAAGGCUAGUGGAUGGGACCUGUUUUGAGCCCUGCAAUAGAAAUUUGUUGCGGUUCAUUUCUUUACCUACUAAUUGUACAUGUAAACGUGUAUAUCCAGCAACUUGAGAUCUGAGCAACAGCCCUGCUUGAGGAAAUAAGCAACAUUGAUAAGUUUGUACUGUGAAUGUUUGUUUAUUUAAAAGAGACAAUCAGUAUCAAGGCUCAAAAUAACGGACAUGAAAUUCAUUGUGGCGUUCUUUUUCUUUAAAGGGUUUAGUGCAAAGCAGCUAAAAAAGCCAAAGAAAAAAGAAAUCAUUACAGCGUUAUAGAGCAAAUGCAUUAAGCGACAACUAUAUGAAAAAUAACAUAAAUCGUUCACAUCCAAAAAUGACCGGCAAGAUGAGAGUUUGACCAGUCAAGCCCACCAUCAGGCCGGACAUUGUCCGUUGACCAAACGUUAUUUUGAGCCCUGAGUAUUACAGUGGAAUCUCGAUAUAAUGAACCUAUGUAUAACAAAGUCCUUGGUAUAAAUAACGAUUUUCUUUACCCCAGUCAUAGAAAGAUAUGAAAAAGAACCUCGAUAUUUGUAACGAGACCUCGUCAAUAUAGCAAACACAUUUUGCCAGUCACUUGGCCCUUCAUUAAAACGAGGUUCCACUGUACAGACGUUUCUAGAACCUUCUGGAAAAAUGGGUUUUUCAAGAAUGGUCUUUUUUUCGUUACAUCUUACUUGUUUUCCCCCUUUUGCCACUAACUGAUCUGUCAGAGAGUUCUCUUGUAUUUUGGCUCAUAAAUAAAUUUCAAGUUGUUUUUGAAAACUUCCAAAGCUCUGGUAAAUUAAUUAAGUUGAAUGGCAACAAGCAUGUCCCUGUGAUGAGCUUGUAUCCCAUCCAGAGAGGUUAGCCAUACUCCUACGGUGUAGAUGCUUCAUGCUACAGAAAUUAGGUUAGGCUCUGGCUGUUUGGGCAUCAAGAUGUAGGUCUGCCUCUACCUGCUUUUGCGUAGAGUUACACUGCUCUAUUGUAUGUUAAUUCUAGCCUUUAGUUGUACAACAGUAAUUUAUUGUGUACUGUAAGUGACAAAAUUCUAUCCUUUAAGUAAAAGUUCUUAUAUUUUUUAAAAGAAUUUGUUAUUUUGUGUAUCAGCUGCCAUACAACUAUGAUUCUUUAUAAUGAAAUAGAAAAAGAGCUGUUUGUUUGUUUGUUUACACAAAUCCUGGUCAAAGUUAUUUGAUCAUUUAUUUUUGCUUGGAUUUGUGUAAAAGUUAUUCAGGUAUAGGCCAUAGAGUACAGUUAGGUUGUAAUGAACGGUUGUGCGGUUUUCAGAUGAUAAGAUUCAAGUUAAAUCAAGUAAACUGCAUACGAAACAUUUCACCAGAUUGUUAAAAGUCCUCUUAGCUGCAAGAUUAUACUUUUUGAAGCCCUGGAUAGUUAUUGCCAAGGAGCUGUGAGACGACAGCCAUAAAGCCCUGUGCAAAAGUUUCAAGGCAUAAUGAAUCUCAAAGCGAUGUAACAUAGUAGUGUAAGGUAACUUUUAUGGUGUAAUGCAGAACAGAGAAUGCAUUUUUUCCAAGCAAACAUGUGCACAGAAUAAUGCAUGAGAGCAUUCCAUGACAGUAAAUGACGGACACAUUCAUGACUAACCUGCAGCAUGCAUUCUCAUGAAUUAUGGUAAUUCAUAACAUUUCUAAACAAAUUGAACAGGGUGUGCGUAUAAGUAAAAUCGUUGCUCACUGGUGCUUAGUGAUAGCUACAUGUAUAACAAGUUUUAUUCUUAUGUGUAUGUCAUAUCUAUUAGGUGAUAAGGAAAGUAAAAGGAAACAAAAGUCCCCUGGAACAGCUGCAGCAGCUCAAGUGGUUGUCAUGAGAGAACUCAAGUGGGAUCAUCAA